AUGUAUUUGCUCAGAAAUUGUCGUUUGAUACGCAAUGGAUUCCAACAGAAAAAUUUCCUAAACAGAGUAGCAGCCAUUAGGACGAUACACGGAACGGGCGCAGCCCAAGAUGCACUCGAUCAAUUGAAAGAUAUCGCAGUAACUCCUGACCAACCAGAGCUUUACAAAGAUGCUGUGGAGAUUUACAACCCAGCCUAUAGCUACGAACAUCCAGCCUUUGUUGCCUUUCCUAACAACACUGAUGACAUCAAACGUUGUCUGCAGGUAGCAACGAAGACUGGCGUUCGCGUAGCUGUCAAGUCCGGCGGGCACAGCUUCGCUGGCUACUCCAGUACGGAUGCAAAGGGGUUUGUAAUCUCUCUUCAGAAUAUGAGUAAAGUAGAGCUCAAAGGAAACACGGUUACUGCUCAAGCCGGAGCGUGCUGGGGGGAUGUAUAUUCCGCUGUUGAUCAAACAAGUUAUGUUGCUGUGGGAGGGUGCGUUCCUUGUGUUGGUAUAGGUGGGUAUAUUCUCGGGGGCGGAUACAGUAUGCUUUCACGGGCGUAUGGUGGGUUGGCAUGUGACAAGGCUUUGGGUUUCACCAUGGUAACUGCUGAUGGGAAAGAUCUGGUCAAAGCAUCAGCCAAGGAGAAUCAAGACCUGUUUUGGGCUUUGAAAGGAUGCGGGGGUGGAAACUUUGGAGUCUUGGUUGAUGUUACUUUAGAGUUAUCUCAGCGACCAAAUCAGUUCAUCUGGAGUAGAAUCACUUAUGACUCUGCAGAAGACAGUGAGCAGGGUUUUAAUUCAGUUGGCAAGAGUUUGAACAGCUUCCCAAAAGAGCUGAACCUUGACAUGGCCAUUCAUGGCUACUUUGGUAAGAAAACCCUCACUCUUGAUGCUGUCUACUCAGAUAUCCAUGAGGACAAGGUCAAAUCAAGUCUUGAGGCUCUCCACCCAGGAUCAGAAUCACCACCUCAGAUGUUUGCAUCCUACCUGGAGUUUACCACUGAGUACAGCAAGCGCCAUGGCUUUGUUCAUCAUGAAGUAGAACCGAUUUAUGUCAAGNAGAAAACCCUCACUCUUGAUGCUGUCUACUCAGAUAUCCAUGAGGACAAGGUCAAAUCAAGUCUUGAGGCUCUCCACCCAGGAUCAGAAUCACCACCUCAGAUGUUUGCAUCCUACCUGGAGUUUACCACUGAGUACAGCAAGCGCCAUGGCUUUGUUCAUCAUGAAGUAGAACCGAUUUAUGUCAAGGGUGCCAUGAUUGAUUCCCUUCCACCAUUGUUGGCCAAAUAUUUUGCCCAUGUUGAGAUCCCACCAGAAUGCCUGUUAGAAUUUGUUCACAUGGGUGGUGAUAUUGCUCAGUAUUCUGCGACAGCUACAGCUUUCCCUUUUCGUUCAGCGCAGUACAGUUUUUAUACGUACGGCCGCUUUCAUGAUCAUGAGCAAAGAGAGGAAGUUGAAAGAUUUGCAACAUCAGCAUAUGAAACUGUUAAGAACUCUGGAUGUGGGCUAGGUAGCUACGUGAACUACAUGGACCGUCAUCUUAAGAACUGGGGCCACAAUUUUUAUGGAGUGAACUAUCCUCGCUUGUGUGAAAUAAAACAAAAGUGGAAUCCUUUAGGCCAGGGUUCAUUGCACUUUCAACAGGAAAUUGGAUCCUCUUGGGAACCUAAUUAA